GCCAGGAGCUGUAGGAGAAGAAGGAAGCUGCUGAAUAUUAAAGAGCGGUAUUGUGCAACCGGAGAGCGGGCAGAGAGGCUGGGGACGAGAGAAGGGAACCGAGAGCGGAGCUUUGAGCCUUACAGCAUGGAUCUGAGGAGCUGAGAAGUGCCCGGGAAGGGGAGAGGAGGUGUUUGCCUCUCUUACUCCUUUUUACCCUUCUUCCUUCACCGUCCAUUGAUUACUGCACCCUCACUGCAUGCAGGGCACCCAUUCGCCCUAUCCCUGCCAGCACUGCACCUUCCCCCCUUCCUCCUGCAUGUAGUGCCCCUCUCCCUGCACCCACCCUGCUGCUCUGUAGUGAGGGGCAGCCCCCCAGCCAUCCGGUCCCAUCAGAGGCGGCACUGUAGCAUGGGGAGCUGAGACUGUGGCCACAGACACUGCCAGUGAAACCCUGCUGGGCAAGCCCCUUACAAAGAGAGUCGCCUGCAAAUGAACUCCAUGAACCCCAUGAAACCAUCGCACCCCAGCACCGGGCACAGUGAUGGUUCAUUUGCAUACGAGUCUGUUCCCUGGCAACCAAGCACCAAUCAGGCAGCAGGAUCCCUCUCCGUGGUAACCACCGUCUGGGGUCUGAGCAACACAUCGCAGAGCCAGGUCUUUGGUAAUCCCAUGGUGCCCAGUGGUGGCCCCAGUGGGGGCGGAGUUAUGCCAGGUCUAACAAGCAAUGCUGGGGGGAUGGGAAGCCCCCAGUUUAUUGGCCAGCAAGGUUUCCCUGAAGGUGGAGCAGGAAAGAGUUACCUACAGCAAAGCGUAUAUGGGCGAGGUGGAUACCCUGGGGGCAAUGCGUAUACCAAUAGUUACCCCGGUGGCCCCACAUCUGCAGGUGGCAUGGGCAUGCCACAGCAUACCGGUCGUGGCCCAGCAGAUUUCACACAGGCAGCAGCUGCAGCAGCGGUGGCAGCAGCCACAGCAACUGCUACUGCAACAGCAACCGUGGCUGCCCUACAGGAGAAACAGAGCCAGGAAUUAAACCCAUAUGGAGCGGUGGGGCCUUCUCACAAUUUUGGAGGUCAGUUCCUGCCUCAUUCCGGGCCCCGGGGACCAUCUAUGCAAGGUGGAAUGGCAUCUGGGGGUCUUGGGUCAGUGAUGGCUAACAAUGGCAUGUCCCAAAUGGCUAUGGGCUCUGCAAGAGCCCCUGGUAUGAACCCUGUAUAUACUGGGCAACGGAUACCACCCCAUGGCUACCCGGGUCAACUUCAGAGCCAGCAGAUUCCCAGGCAAGGAGUAAAGAGGACGUACUCCAGUGAUGGUUACACUUCUCAACAGUACAUUCAGAGUGGCCAGUAUCCUCCCCAUGGAGCACAAUAUGCACCAACCACUCCACAGCAAUCUGCGCCAUCCCCCUCCUACCCUACGCACCGGAUGCAGCAGAGCAUGUCACAGUACCUGCCCCAGGCAGGCCCUGGGGGACAUUUUUACAAGCUUACAGACCAAUACAAUGGACAGAGCAAUAACUUUAAUGGAGGAAAUUUCGCCUACAAUCAAACUAUGACUGGGCCGGGUCGUACCAUGCCAGGAUAUCCCAGCUCUCCUUUGCCAGGAAACCCAACCCCACCAAUGACACCGGGCAGCAGUGCUACCCCCUAUAUGUCACCAGGUCAGGAUGUGAAGUCUCCUUUUCUGCCUGAUGUUAAACCUCCACACAACAGCUUGCACCAGUCGCCCACUGGUACCGCUAAUGAUGAGUUACGUCUGACAUUCCCUGUGCGUGACGGCAUUGUGUUGGAACCAUUCCGACUCCAACAUAACCUGGCUGUCAGUAACCACGUGUUCCACCUACGGGAGUCAGUGUACAAGACACUUAUGAUGAGGCCUGACCUAGAACUGCAGUUUAAGUGCUAUCAUCAUGAGGAUCGUCAGAUGAACACAAACUGGCCAUGCUCGGUGCAAGUUAGCGUCAACUCUACUCCGCUGAGCAUUGAGCGUGGAGACAACAAGACUUCCCACAAACCCCUGUACCUAAAACAAGUUUGCCAGCCUGGCAGGAACAGCAUUCAGAUCACUGUCAGUGCCUGCUGCUGUUCUCACCUGUUUGUGCUACAGUUAGUCCACCGGCCAUCAGUUCGAUCUGUCCUACAGGGUUUAAUAAAGAAGAGACUGCUUCCGGCUGAACACUGCAUCACAAAGAUUAAAAGGAAUUUCAGCAGUGGCAGUAUUCCAGGGACUCCAGGCCCUAAUGGGGAGGAUGGAGUGGAACAAACAGCCAUUAAAGUUUCUCUGAAAUGUCCAAUAACCUUCCGGAGAAUCCAGCUUCCUGCAAGGGGACAUGACUGUCGGCAUAUCCAGUGCUUUGACCUGGAGUCUUACCUGCAGUUGAACUGUGAACGAGGGACAUGGCGAUGUCCUGUGUGCAAUAAAACAGCGCUCCUGGAAGGGUUAGAAGUUGACCAGUAUAUGCUGGGAACCCUGCUGUAUAUUCAGAACUCUGAUUAUGAAGAGAUCACAAUUGACCCAACCUGUAGCUGGAAACCAGUGCCGGUAAAGCCAGACACCCACAUAAAAGAGGAGACUGAUGGCCCCGUUCUGAAACGAUGCCGGAGUCUGAGUCCUGCCCACAUGGUAAUGCCGAAUGUCAUGGAGUUGAUAGCAGCUCUGGGACCAAGUUCUUCCCCUUUUAACAACAUCCAAUCAGCUGGAAGCUCUGACUAUGCCAACCAGGGUCCUGGUUUUCAGAACCCAGGUGGAUUUUCAGACGGUGGCUUCACAUCCUCCAAUCCGGGCACACCAACGAUGAAUGAAUUUAACCCCACAGCACCACCACCUAUUUCUUAUCAGUCUGACAUUCCCAGUUCUUUACUGGUUCCAGAGAAGGCUGGGGGCCCUCCAAUGCAUGGGCAAGUUCCUCCCUCUGGGCGGAUUGAACCUACGCACAAUCCCAGUCAGUCACCUCACACCUCCAACAUUGGUAGCCAAUCAGCACAUCAGCUCCACCACCGAAACACACCCCGUCAGCUAAUGGCACAGCCUGGUGCCGAUUUGGCAUUUAAUCCCAAUGUGGCCAUGCCAGGCACAGAGGUUCCGGAGCCUUCGCUGGAUCUUCUCCCUGAACUGACAAACACAGAGGAACUUCUCUCCUACCUUGGACCCGCAGACCUACCCAACAGUGGUAACGACGACCUCUUGUCUCUUUUCGAGAACAACUGAAGCUCCUUCCACUUUAAGGCUGAGUCUUUCUACAGCUUUUUUUUUUGCUCAUCACCCAGCCUUCCAGAAUUGUGCUAAAAGUGAAACAUAAGCAGCACCCUGAGACAGUUGCACCUAACUGGCAGAUGUUGCUGAGGCGCAUUAUUCUGCUAGAUGUAUAUGAAGAACAUCACACCAGAGCCUUGCUUAUAACUGCUCUGGUUUGCAGAUUAUUGCACUAUUUAAAUCAAACUGUUACAAAAAAAAAAAAAAAAAAGGAAAAAAAAAGUUGUUGCACCAUGGGACGACUGGGAGGCAUUCCUAAUCAUUGUCCUGUUAUCCCAUUCAUGUAAACAGUGUCUGUGAUUAGACAGCAGCAGAGACCUAUGAAGCAUUGAAAUAACCAGCCUUUUCUUGGCUGAAGCAACUUCAUUUGAUUAUGCCAUCGGCGCCAGGAAAGGAUCGAGUGCAUGACUCUCCGGGCCUUGGCCAGUCUUUGGCUCAUACAGGCACUGAAACAAUCCCUAUACCUAUUAUCCUUUCAAGCGCCAGCUUGUGUCAACUGGCAGAAUUAUGGGGCCACAGGGUUGAUUUGGCAGCCUCUUUUUCCCGGGAGCAUAGCCAGAGGUGUAACAUUUAGAGCACAAGGUGGACCUGUGUUAUCUGUGCACGCACACACACUGUUGGGAAGCAAUCAUUGUAAAGUCCAGAAAUAUUGUAUAUAACUUCUACUGAUGUUGGCCUAAUAUAUUCCAUUUAUUCAACAUUUUUCUUUGAGGGGGAGGGGAUGAAAAUUGGGACCACAGGACACCCGAAUGCUCCUCUUGAUUCUGCCCUACGAACUGCAAAAUGGGCGGAAGAGCUCGGGGCCCUGUAGCGAUGUGCCAGCAUCCUGCCCCAGUGCAAAUACGGAACCCGCAAUAAAGCAAGAGCCUUCCGCUGUGCAACACUUCUUGUUUAUGAAUUGAUAUUAGUUGAAUAAUUCGCUCUGCAGCAGAGCGGGGAGAAUAUGUAUAUUUAUAUAUGUAUAUGUAUGUGUGAUAAUAUCACAGGACAGUUUGACGGAGGCCGUGCUGAUUUCAGUAUCAGUCAGCACAGCCGCAUCACAAGAUGAAGGUGGUGGCCAUCUUUAGCUGGUCCCAAUAAUUAUUGUUAUUUUUUAUUUCACAGCAAUAGAACAUACAUUUGUUGUUUGCACAGAGCUGCAGAGAUUUCCAGAUGGGUCAACCCGACCUACUGUUUAGAUUUUAUUUAUGUUUUUAUUUUAUGUUUGCACAUAAUAUGAAUUUUGGAAAUAAUUUAACCCUGGGCGAAAACAUAAAGCUUGGAUGAAAAGCGGAGAAUGCAGGGACCAUUCCUAAACUCCCUCCUAUAUAUCCAUUAGCCACCUGUUACUUCAGAGAAAAUACCACUCAUGAAAUCGGGACUGUGAAAAUGCCAAAAAUGAACUUUACCUUUCUCCAGACAUAAACCAGUGGGAUCAAGGAUUAUAAAACCGGUGUGGGGCUCGACUUUGGGUUUCUAUUUAAAUAUCUUGGGUUUGUGCUCUGUGCUGGAAAAUGUGCAUUUUACAGAAAUAAAAGAACAAUAAUGAAA